GCGAGAAGCGUGAGGCGCCGCCGCCCGGUUCCGGAGAGGGGGGCCACAGGGUCUGGAGACCCCGGGCGGCGGACGGGAGCCCUCCCCCCGCCCCGCCUCCGGGGCACCAGCUCCGGCUCCAUUGUUCCCGCCCGGGCUGGAGGCGCAGAGCACCGAGCGCCACCGGGAGUCGAGCGCCGGCCGCGGGGCUCUCGCGGCCCCGCCAGGACCCGAGCGGAGCCCGGGGGCGGCGGGCCGGAGCCCGGGACGCGGGCGCCCGCCCGCCCGCACAAGCCACGGCGGACUCUCCAGAGGCGGAACCGCAGCGCCGAGUGAGAGUCAGCUUGAAAAGGAGGAUCAAGCUCAAGACGGAGUCUCCAUGGAGGUGUGGAGCCUGGUCACCAACCUCUAACUGCAGAACUGGGAUGUGGAGCUGGAAGUACCUCCUCUUGGCUGUGCUGGUCACAGCCACACUCUGCACUGCCAGGCCAGCCCCGACCUUGCCCGAACAAGCCCAGCCCUGGGGAGCCCCUGUGGAAGUGGAGUCCUUCCUGGUCCACCCUGGUGACCUGCUACAGCUUCGCUGUCGGCUGCGGGACGAUGUCCAGAGCAUCAACUGGCUGCGGGACGGGGUGCAGCUGGUGGAGAGCAACCGUACCCGCAUCACAGGGGAGGAGGUGGAGGUGCGGGACUCGGUGCCUGCCGACUCCGGCCUCUACGCUUGCGUGACCAGCAGCCCCUCGGGCAGCGACACCACCUACUUCUCCGUCAAUGUCUCAGAUGCUCUCCCCUCCUCGGAGGAUGACGACGAUGAUGAUGACUCCUCUUCAGAGGAGAAAGAGACAGAUAACACCAAACCAAACCGUAUGCCCGUGGCUCCAUACUGGACAUCCCCAGAAAAGAUGGAAAAGAAAUUGCACGCGGUGCCAGCUGCCAAGACUGUGAAGUUCAAAUGUCCUUCUAGUGGGACUCCUAACCCCACGCUGCGCUGGUUGAAAAAUGGCAAAGAAUUCAAACCUGACCACAGGAUUGGAGGCUAUAAGGUCCGUUACGCCACCUGGAGCAUCAUAAUGGACUCCGUAGUGCCUUCUGAUAAGGGCAACUACACCUGCAUUGUGGAGAAUGAGUAUGGCAGCAUUAACCACACCUACCAGCUCGACGUCGUGGAGCGGUCCCCUCAUCGGCCCAUCCUGCAGGCGGGGUUGCCUGCCAACAAGACAGUGGCCCUGGGCAGCAAUGUGGAGUUCAUGUGUAAGGUGUACAGUGACCCACAGCCCCAUAUCCAGUGGCUAAAGCACAUCGAGGUGAAUGGGAGUAAGAUUGGUCCAGACAACCUGCCUUAUGUCCAGAUCUUGAAGACUGCCGGAGUUAACACCACCGACAAAGAGAUGGAAGUGCUUCACUUAAGGAAUGUCUCCUUUGAGGACGCGGGGGAGUAUACGUGCUUGGCGGGUAACUCUAUCGGACUGUCCCAUCACUCUGCAUGGUUGACCGUUUUGGAAGCCCUGGAAGAGAGGCCGGCGGUGAUGACCUCGCCCCUGUACCUGGAGAUCAUCAUCUACUGCACGGGGGCCUUCCUCAUCUCCUGCAUGGUGGGGUCUGUCAUCAUCUACAAAAUGAAGAGUGGCACCAAGAAGAGCGACUUCCACAGCCAGAUGGCCGUGCAUAAGCUGGCCAAGAGCAUCCCUCUGCGCAGACAGGUAACAGUGUCGGCUGAUUCUAGUGCCUCCAUGAACUCUGGGGUUCUGCUGGUUCGGCCCUCACGUCUCUCCUCUAGUGGAACCCCCAUGCUGGCUGGGGUCUCUGAAUAUGAGCUUCCUGAAGACCCACGCUGGGAGCUGCCUCGAGACAGGCUGGUUUUAGGCAAACCCCUGGGAGAGGGCUGCUUUGGGCAGGUGGUGUUGGCAGAGGCCAUCGGGCUGGACAAGGACAAACCUAACCGUGUGACCAAAGUGGCUGUGAAGAUGUUGAAGUCGGACGCAACAGAGAAAGACCUGUCAGACCUGAUCUCAGAAAUGGAGAUGAUGAAGAUGAUCGGGAAGCACAAGAACAUCAUCAACCUGCUGGGGGCCUGCACGCAGGAUGGUCCUUUGUACGUCAUCGUGGAGUAUGCCUCCAAAGGCAACCUACGGGAAUACCUGCAGGCCCGGCGGCCCCCGGGGCUGGAGUACUGUUAUAACCCCAGCCACAACCCAGAGGAGCAGCUCUCUUCCAAGGACCUGGUCUCCUGUGCCUAUCAGGUGGCCCGAGGCAUGGAGUAUCUCGCCUCCAAGAAGUGCAUACACCGAGACCUGGCCGCCAGGAACGUCCUGGUGACAGAGGACAACGUGAUGAAGAUCGCAGACUUCGGGCUCGCUCGGGACAUCCACCACAUCGACUACUAUAAAAAGACAACCAAUGGCCGGCUGCCUGUGAAGUGGAUGGCGCCCGAGGCCUUGUUUGACCGGAUCUACACCCACCAGAGUGACGUCUGGUCUUUUGGGGUGCUCCUGUGGGAAAUCUUCACUCUGGGAGGCUCCCCGUAUCCUGGCGUGCCUGUGGAGGAGCUUUUCAAGCUGCUGAAGGAGGGUCAUCGAAUGGACAAGCCCAGUAACUGCACCAAUGAGCUAUACAUGAUGAUGCGGGAUUGCUGGCAUGCAGUACCCUCUCAGAGACCUACCUUCAAGCAGCUGGUGGAAGACCUGGACCGCAUUGUGGCCUUGACCUCCAACCAGGAGUAUCUGGACCUGUCAAUGCCCCUGGACCAAUACUCUCCCAGUUUUCCCGACACCCGAAGCUCUACCUGCUCCUCAGGGGAGGAUUCCGUCUUCUCUCAUGAGCCGUUGCCUGAGGAGCCCUGUCUGCCCCGACACCCAGCCCAGCUUGCCAAUGGCGGACUCAAACGGCGCUGACUAGCACCCCAGUUCCCAUCCCCGAACUCCAUCGUCAGCUGUAACCCUCACCCACCCCUCCCUGCGGGACUCACUGCCUUCCCCUCUGCCCCUUUCCUGCUGGCAGGAGCUGGCUGCCUACCUGAGGCCUUCACCCCAUGGAGUUCACCUCUCUUCCUCCUCCUCGCAACCUGCUUGUGAGAGAGAGGAGCAGAGAGGCAGGUACUUGCUCAUGGCCACUUCGUUCCCUCCCAGAUGUUGGACCAAGACCCUCCCCACCACCUGGCACUGCCUGGAGGGCUGGGGAGUGGGAGAUGAGCAGGCGUGCAGGCGAGAGCUGACUGAGCUUUCCCAUGUUGGUUUUGUCUGCUUCGAAUAACCCGUAAGCCUGAGUUCCGGUGGCGGGGGCCUCAUCCUCAUGGCCACCGCGGUAGUGAGGGGAGGUCCGUGCUCCGGGCCUCGGCUGAAGGCAGCCUCUGCUCCAGAUAGAUGGUGCCAGUGGCUUAUUAAUUCUGAUACUAAUUCGCUUUGCUGACCAAAUACCUGGUACCAGAGGAUGGGGAGGCAAAGGCUGGGAGCAGUGUCGUGGCCCUGGGGCCCAGCCCCAAACUGGGGGCUUUGUACAUAGCUAUGAAGAAAACACAAAGUGUAUAAAUCUGAGUAUAUAUUUACAUGUCUUUUUAAAAGGGUCGUUACCAGAGAUUUACCCAUUGGGUAAGAUGCUCCUGGUGGCUGGGAGGCAUCAGUUGCUAUAUAUUAAAAACAAAGAAAAAAGAAAAAAAAGGAAAAUGUUUUUUAAAAGGUCAUAUAUUUUUUGCUACUUUUGCUGUUUUAUUUUUUUAAAUUAUGUUCUAAACCUAUUUUCAGUUUAGGUCCCUCAAUAAAAAUUGCUGCUGCUUCAUUUUUAUAUGGGCUGUGUGACGAGGGAAAGAAUGUCAGCUGAAAAGGAGCCUAAUGGGGCCCUGGGGCUGUGUCUGUGCAGAGGGCGCCACAGGUUCCCUGCAGUUCCCUCCUAAAUCUCUUCCCCUCGGGUCCUGCACCGAGACCUCCGCCACAAACCUCCUACCCCUCCGAUGCUUUUGGAAAGGCAUCGAUGUGUGUGUAAUGGGCAGGAACCUCCCAUCAGUGCACCAGAGGUGCUGGGCCCGGAGCCAAGGCCCCACCGCCCUCAACCACAGAUCGUUUCCUCAGAGGAAACUGAUGGGGUUGGUGGGGUUGGAGGGUCAGAGGGGGAGCUGGGGGCCUCCCUGGGAAAUAGCCAAGAGGUAGAGCUAAGUGAUUAAGAGGAGAGCUAAGGAUUACUCCACCAAGGGCCUGCAGAAACUCAAACCCAGAUAUACAUCUACCCCUUUAUGUGGGUGUGGUUUUGUCUGUGCUUCUAUGUGGGGGAAAGCUUGUCACCUAAGAUCAGCUUUACAUUCGGGUCCCUUGCUUCAUGUUUCCUGGCUUACUGUGUUCAUGGCGGUCCCCCACACCGUGCUUCCUGUGUCUGUGACCGACCUCAUGUGUUGGAACUACCACAGAUCUUGGCUUCCUAUAGUUCUUCCUGUACAAACUCCACCCCAUCCCCCAGGAAAGGGAAAAAAUUCUCUGAAUGUUUGGAUUUUGGCUGCUUGGAAAUUUACUCUCUCUGCCACCUGCUGGUUAUUGCUGCGUUCCACGCGUGGAUCCCUGCUCCUCGGAACGUUAGCACUCAACCUGCUACCACUCGGCCUCUAUACCCAAAGCUUACUCUUUGCUGGAUUAUUGCUAAAUACAAAAAGAAGGUUCGAUUCACUUUCAUUUCUGCAGGGCAAAUGGGAUUGCUGCUUUAAGUCUCCUUUCUAAGCUAGCUAUGUUUUGGCAGCUGCGGUGUUGGCCACUAUUGUGUAAAGUUCUCUCUUAUCCUUGUGUCUCUCUGUAAAUAUGCGUCUGUCAACAUGUUACAGUUUGUGUUUAUGCUUAAAGAAGGCGUAAUUUGGUGCAAAGAGCCAGGAAAUGAAUUUCUGAUCUUAAAACCAUUUGCUUUGAGACCUUA